UGAAAUGAAAUAGACUAAAUUAAAUUUACAGUAUCAAAAUAAUGAAAGCGGGUAAACGGCGAAGUUGAAUAUGGAAUUAACUUUUUAAUUGUCUGUUAGUUUAAAAAUCUUUGAAUUAAAUUUUUUAUUCCUCAGUAAUACAUUUUUCGCCUACACCUAAAAAGUUCUAAAAAGCUAUAUUUUCAAAGUGUAACCAUGGGCAGGCGAAGAAGUAAAAGGAAACCACCACCCAAACAAAAAGCAAUUAUGCCUUUGGAAACACAGUUCAAUUGCCCAUUUUGUAAUCAUGAAAAAUCUUGUGAAGUAAAAAUGGAUAGACAAAGGAAUACUGGUCGAAUUACAUGUCGGGUUUGUCUAGAAGACUUUCAAACUUCCAUUAAUUAUCUUUCUGAACCUGUUGAUGUUUAUAGUGAUUGGAUUGAUGCCUGUGAAUCUGCAAAUCAAUAACAUUGACUACAAAGGAACAAGUCCUUUCCUGUAUAUACUGAUUAAACUCAUUCUGUAUAUGUUCA